AUGCCUCCUAAGAACUCCCGUAAGGCAGUGGCUGAUGCUGCCUUGGUCAACCCUGCUGGUGGUUCUGAUCCUGCGAGCAAGUCAACGCCAAGCAAGCGGUCAGAUGUGGACAUUAAUCUACCGACCGAAGCGGAAGUUACCGCUGGGAGCUCAGGCCUUUCUGUCGAGGAGAAGCUGAAAGCGUUGGCCACGGUGGCUGCUGAUGACUCAUUUAUCGAAGAUGACUCUGAUGAGGAGCUGGAGAUUGAUGCGAGCAAAGGAAUCUCCCCUCACCUGCGUUCGACGGUGAUUCUGCUUUUUCUAGUGAUCCCGUCGCAUGAAGUCGCUUCUGUUAUUCUAACUGUGCGGACGCUUAUGAAGCGUGUUUGGGCAAACCUGCUCUCUGAUGACGUCUUGGCCACGGUGAAGUUUCAGGAGCUGCUUCCCGCGUUUGUUGCCAAGACCCGCUAUAGUCGUCUCCAAGUGUCAUUCCUGCGAGAGUCCGACGCUGUGAACAUUAAGCAGAUAUCGGUGGAUCAUAAGCGUCCCAACGGAAUUACGAUUCAUUGUUUCUGGCUGCACCAGGAGGAUCCAGCUUACCUGCGUAUGAAGGCGACAAAUCCGCAGAUGCUGGAGGUGUAUUUCAAAGGUGUCCCCGCUGACAUUCCCCCGGAGCUGGUUUUGGAGGUGAUGGUGAAGCAUCCGCUCAAGAUCCGGAAGCAGUCGACCUUCAGCGGUGGUCACUGCUUUCACCGCGUCCUUCAUCCGGUGACCGGCGCUGACACGGACAAGAUCAAGGGGCUGGAAAGCUGCGGGAAAGCUCAUGGCAAGACCUUCAUGGCUACUGCGGACCAUGUUGCAUCGGCAAGUCCCCUGUUGGGUCUGGAAAAGCUGGGGGUGGCCACGCGUGCUUCGCUGGAGAAGCUGAGCCUGCACGUCAUCCGCAAAGAUUAUGGAAUCUGA